AUGCUGAAGCCUUUUAGGUUAAUAAAACAAAUAUCAAGGCUAGUGUACAACUAUCCUAGUUUCAAACACUGCACAGCAAAGGAGCUGGAGUUCUCAGGCUCUACACAUAACCUACUUAAUAUUCCACCUAAUGUUUUCGAAACAAAAUCUAUCAUACAAAUUUCGGACUAUUUUGGGAUAGUUGAAUCUAAUCCACCGUUUAUAUUGCCAUCGUCAAAUGGUUUGGUUCACGUAGAAUUGAAGAAUGACAUUCAGAACCGGAGGCGAAAAAUGAAAAACCAUCAAAAAAAGAGAUUACUCAAGCGCCAUGAAAUAUUGGUGCGGAAACUUCGAAUGAUGAGGGAAAAAAAGGAGGAAAGGAAACUACAGGAGCUAUUUGAAUUUUGGAGAAUCCGUUCAGAAGCCUGGGAUCCGGAAAAGAAGAUACAAAACCGGUUACAUUUCGCUCGAAGACAUGGUUACUAUGUUGACGUUCUUAGUACAAAGGGCAGUCCACUUCACAAAGAAUAAACGUUAUU